AUGAUGGUGUCGGCCCUGGCCCAUCUCGGAUACGAACUCGUGAGUUUUUUCAGUUCGAGUGAAACUCAAGUGGCUCUAUCAGUGACCUGAGUCCUUCUUGACCAAAAAACGAGAUCAAGAAACGAGAAAAUAAAAAACUUUUUUCUCGAAUUGAUUGACUCUAAAAAUUUUUCUGCAGGAGUCAUAACGUUUUCUCAUUGUCUUUACAAGUGAUCGAAUUAUGAUACACUUUUUUGCAGCGACUUGAGCAAAUGGUCCACAACCCACAAAAAGAGCAUGGAGACGCACUGGCUUCCUACCUUUGCAACCGCCUCGACUUCGUUCCCGUCAAAGACUCGGCGCUCAACAAUCUUUUCCAAGGCGUCGUCUUGGCGCGGAAGUUCGGUUUGCAAUACGUCGACGAACACAAGGAGAAGAAGCCGAGUCCGAUUUUCUCGCUCAAAGACUUCGCCAUCAAAUUGGUCAACGCGCCCAUCAACACGUUCUCUUCGCCCCUCGACCAGUUGCUUUCCACCGGAACCAUUUCGCAUUAA